UUCGAGAAAAUGACAUUAUUUUGGUCUACAAAUUUCUCUUCGCUCAUAUGGCGCCAAAACCUGUUACCGUCGUCUCUUUCGCGCGCACAUCGCUCGCCCAGACUUGCCGGCGGGAACAAAGCUGCAGAUCCGGUGAAUGUCAAUGUCGAGGUGCGGGUCUCUACUCCUCAGAAGCGCAUCUUCGAUUCAGAAUCUUAUACUCCGUAUAUGUUAAUCUCCCCAGUUGGUGGAUAUGUCUCCACCAAAGUGGAAGCCAGCCCAAUCGCACAGGCUCAAAUUUUUGGAGGGCCCAAAAAACAGUAGUAGAGCUAUCUGUCAGCCCAAGUCCGUAGCUUUGAAGGAAAUACGGAGCACAGAAAGAAGCCGCCAGGGAACUUGCGGAAGACUGGAAGAGAAAGCGCCGCUCGAAUCUGGAAGUAGGAAGAGUGAACGACUGACCGACGACCGCCGCCACCCAGCGCCAGCCCGCUACUGCGCCCUGCCUCCAGCCUCCACGACCACGACCACGACCACACCGUCUACGUGACGCCCUACCCCGCUGCCCGCAGACCGCACUCCGCACUACCACAGACCCACAGUCCGGUGAGUCCGCACUCUGCAGUAACCGGACACCGGUAAUGGCUGUAAGCAACUAAGCACAUAUGAUCGAUGAUUGCCAGAUUUCUUUAAUUUCAAAUUAGUGAAAUUACUGAAAUUAGUUUGUUACCUACUUGCCUUGUUGUUAUCUGUUUAUUUAUUGUCUACUGAAAUUAAGUAAUUGAAUUGAUAAAUGAUAAUAA